UGUUGGCAGUCACAAUUGAGAAUUAAUACACAAAAAGAAACUCAAAAAUCGUCCAUUGAUCAAUUUGAGUUUUUAAAUGUUUUUCUAAUUCUAUUAUUUUUUUAUUUAAAAAAUGAUGAAUUCAUCGGAUACACCGGCAACCGGUUCCAAUCAAAUUACAAUGCCUACCAACAAUAUUGGAUCAUGGGAUACAUUGGAUGAACCGAUUUGGAAUACAAUUCAUCGUGAUUUAUUCAACAUUUAUUCCAAAUUAAAAUAUGUUCUUUUACCGGUAUCGGAAAAUGAUAUUUAUCUGAAUGUUUGUAAAAAUUGGGAUUUAUGGGGUCCAUUUAUAUUCUAUGCAUUCAUUGCAUUCGCUACUAAUAGUUGUAAUCCGGAAAUAUGUGCCGGUUAUCAUCAAUCAAAUUUUUCAUCAACAUUCGUAUUAAUGUGGAUUGCUAAUUUUAUUAUAUCAAUGAAUUAUAAAUUUUUAUUGAGAAAUUUAACAAAAUCCGAACAAACAUCAUUUAAUAAUGAUUUAAAUCAAUUGCCAACAAAACGAUUACGGCCAAUGUCAUUAUUUCAAUUAUUGUGUCUUUUUGGUUAUUCAAUGGCUAUACCAAGUAUUGGAAUAUUUUCCAUCAAAAUAUCAUCAUUAUUAUUUGGGUCAUCGUUUUUAUUUGUUUAUGAAAAAUUUCUUAUAAUCGUUGUGUUUUGUUUAAUUUAUCCGAUUAUGUCAUGUGCAAGAAUGUUAUCAACAAAUAUUAGUAAUGAAAAAUAUUUCCUAUUCAUGUAUCCAAUUUUUUUAUUCUUUUUCAUAUUAAGUUUAUAUAUCCAUACAUUUGUUUGAGUUUUUUUUUUGGUAAAGUUGUUAUCAUA